AUGUCUCGACCAAAAAGAUCCAUCAACAAAAUUCCAAUAAUCGAAGAUAGUGAUAGCGAAGGUGAAGGGAGCCCAGAGAAGAAAUUAAAACUUUCAUCAGAAGAAAAAAAUGUAACAUCAAAAAAUAUUGCAAAAGAUGAAAAUGAUUCUUCUUCUAGUGAGAGUGACAUAGAAAAUUAUUUACAGCCGAUAGAUAAACUAGAUUUCUCCUCAUCGUUUUUCAAUUUGCAAAAAUCAAAAGAAAAAGAAUUUGAUAAAAUCGAGAAAAAUAUUUUUGAUGGAGUAUCAAGGUUAUCUGACUCAGAAUCUGAACAAGAAAUUGAUGAGAAUGCUUCUAAAAAUAACACUGUUGCACCUAAACUAAAUUUUCAACAACUAGAAGACUUUACAAGAAAACUAGAAGAAGCUAAACUAGAGGUAGAAAAAUAUAAUGCAAAAAAGAAGAUAGUUGAAAAAAAACUGGAUAUAACAAACUUACUGGCAGCUGGGGAAAGCAAGCAACUAAGUUUAGAAAACAUAAGAGAAGAAGAUCUACAUUCUAGUGAUUUUGAAACCACAGAUGAAGAAUGGGAAGAAGUAAAAGUAAAAGAUACCCCUGAAGAAAAAUCAGUAGUUCCUCAACAAAGUAUUGAAAUCAGAGUAGGGGACAUGCCAAAUCAUGUUAAGAAAAAGAAAGGUCUAGAUCUUAUAGCAGCAAUGAAGAGACGGCUUAAUAGAAUAAGAAAAGAAAACCAAAUAUAUAUUCACAAAGUGCAUUUGCUUUGUUGGAUUGCACAUGGUAAUUUUCUAAACUCUGUGAUAAACAGUUCUGAUAUACUUACUCAAAGUUUAUCCCUAUUACCUUCAGAAAAAAGUUUUCCAGCAGAUAGGCCAGAUUUAGGGUAUCUUGAACAAAUCGUUCAGUGGUACAAGAAAAGUAUCAGGUUAACAGACAAAUCUCUAUCACAGGAACUUACCUUGGAAAAUUCUUUGAAACUGCAAAUAAAGAAAAAGGAAGCAUUUAAUAAGAAUUGUUUUGUUUUAAUUUUUAUUGCAAUAUUGAGGGCUUUGGGUCUACAAUGCAGAUUGGUUUUGUCUUUUCAAGUUGAACCACUUCGACCUCCUAACAGUGAAAUGCACUCAUUAUCAACUAAAGAAAGUGAUAAAAAUAAGAGCAAAAGUUCUUCAAGUACGAAUAAAUCAGUAUCUGAAACCAGCAAUCUUAAUAAAUCAAAUAUUACUAAAGUAGUAUCCAAAGCAAAAAAAAAAUCUGACAUGAACAAAAGUAAAGUCAGUUCUAAAACUAACAGUAGUAGUUUGAAGAGUACUUUAAGCAGUAUAAUUGAUAAAAAAGACAGAAAGGAUUCAAUCAAAACCAAGGAAAGUAAACCUACUGACAAACAACCAAAUUUAAAUAAGUUGAAAGCCAGUUCAAGUUCUGGCAAAGGUAACACUACAGCAAAAAAAGAAGAUCAUAAGCAAAAGAACACCCGAAAAAGUACUAUAAAAGAAAGUUGUUCCAUUAAAGAAGAAUGUACAAAAAUUGAUGAACAAAAUAAAAAAACCAAUAAUACUAAAAAUAAAGACAAUUCUUCAUCAAAUAAGGAAGAUAUAAAACAAACAUCUAAAAAAAAAUCAAUUGAAGAGAAUAAGCCUACCAGUACAAGAACUUCUGGAAGAAUAAAAGAUAAUGAAAAGAAUUUGGAAGAACGAAGGGUAAAAGAUAAUAUAAAUAAAGAAGGUAUUCAAAAAGGUCCAAGUAGGCAGACAAAGAAGAACAAAGAAUCUACUGAACAAGAUGUCACUAAGGAACCUGGUUCAAAAGGAAGGAAAUCUGUUGAAACAAGUAAAAAUAUUUUAUCUAUAGAGCAAAAGAAACUCAGAUCUAAAAGUACAACUAACAUUGAAGAAAAAACAAAAAAGUCUGCAGACAAAAAUAAAGAUAUUUUAAUAGUUGAGGAUAUAAAACCUAGGAAGUCUAUGAGUGCUGCAUCUGAGAAAAGUACUAAUACCAAACCUAAAAAAGAUAUAAAAUUAAAACUUCCCAGUGUUAAAAAAAGUGAGUCAGAAGAUUUAUUACCACAGUUAGAUGGUUCAAGCACACUAAAAAAACAUAAAAAUAAAGAAUCUACUGAACAAGAUGUCGCGAAGGAACUUGCGUCAAAACACAUUGUCAAAGAAAGUAAAUCUGUUGAAAUAAGUAAAGCUAUUUUAUCUAAAGAACAAAAGAAACCCAGAUCUAAAAGUGAAACAAACAUUGAGGAAAAAACAAAGAAAUCUACUAACACAAAUAGACAUACUUUAACUGUUGAAGAUAUGAAACCUAGGAUGAUUAAGAGUGGUUCAUCUGAGGAAAGUACAAAGAAAAAACCGAAAAAAGCUAUUAUAAAAAUAAAACUGCCUAAGAUUCCUAGAAUCGAAUCAAAAGAUAUGAUACCACAGUUAGAUGGAGCUAAUGAUGAUGAAAAACCUAAAAGAAUAUUGAAAAAAGAUAAAGUUCAUUUAGAAAAAUUAAACAAAAUGACUGAGGGUAAGAAGGUUUGUAAAUCAAAAACCCAUAGCAAGCGUAUAACAUCAUCAUUUAAUGAUGACGAUUCUGAGAGUGAGUUCUCUCCUAGUCCUUUAAAAAAAUCCCCACAAAAAGGAAUAAAUUUUUCAAAAUUAAAAUCAUCAGCUUCUACUUCAUCAUUUUCAAAUUCGUUUGAUGUCAAAAGCGAUAUCAUAAAUUUAAUAAAAGGCCGUAUUAAAGAGCAAAAAGUUGUGGACUCAAGGAAAUUGGCUACUAAAAGAAAAAAUGAAUACAACGACAGUGACUCUGAUAGCGACUAUAUGCCAGAACCUAUUAAAAAGAAACCUCACGAUAGUGACAGCGAUAUUGAUUAUUUUGUGCCUAAACCAAAGGUUAAAAAAAGGAUACGGGUAAAGAAAGAAGGGGAAAAAUUAAAGGUUUUAUCAAGUGAUGAUGAAGUGGAAAAAAAGAAGAAAAAGGGAAUUAAUAUUUGGUUGGAAGUGUUUCUAGAAGCUGAAGAAAAAUGGAUUACCGCCGAUGUUGUAAGAGGACAAGUUCACUGCGUCAAUGAAUUAUUUAUGAGGGCUUCUCAUCCAGUCAGUUAUGUAGUAGCCUGGAAUAAUGAUAAUACUUUAAAAGAUGUCACAAUGCGGUAUUGCAAAAAUUUUAACACAGUUACACGAAAACUUCGAACAGAUGCAAAGUGGUGGGAAGAUUCUUUAAAACCGUUUUUGGAAAAGAGCUCACCAAGAAGUACAGAAGAAGACGGUGAUCUAAGUAGGCAACAACUUGAUCAACCACUACCAACAACUAUAUCUGAAUACAAAAAUCAUCCUCUAUACGCACUUAAAAGGCAUAUUCUAAAAUUUGAAGCAAUAUAUCCUGAAGACAUUAUUCCCUUAGGAUAUGUUAGAGGAGAACCAGUAUAUCCAAGGAACUCUAUAUAUACCUGUAAAUCAAGAGAGAUAUGGGUUAAGGAUGCAAGAGUUGUAAAAGCUGGAGAAAAACCUUAUAAAAUUGUGAAGGCCAGACCUAAGUACGACAGACUAUCUAACACUAUGAUCACUGGACAACUUUUGGAACUAUUUGGUAUUUGGCAAACUACAGAUUAUGACCCACCUGUAGCAGAAAACGGUAUUGUUCCUAGAAAUGCAUAUGGUAAUGUAGAACUCUUUAAACCAUGUAUGUUACCAAAAGGAACUGUACUUUUACAGUUGCCCGGUUUGAAUAAAAUAUGUAGAAAAUUAAAUAUCGAUUGUGCAUCAGCUAUAACUGGAUUUGAUUUUCAUGGAGGUUGGAGCCACCCUGUAUAUGAUGGAUUUGUUGUAUGCUCGGAAUUUGAAGAUACUUGUAUAGCUGCAUGGCAUCUAGAACAAGAAGAGAUUGAAAAGAAAGAAAACGAAAAAAUAGAAAAGAGAGUGUACACAAACUGGAAGAAACUCAUUAAAGGUUUACUAAUCCGAGAAAGGUUAAAAGCUAGAUAUGAUUUUGGAGGAGAAACUUCCACAUCAACAGGUGGUAAAGGAAAUAAAAAACCAAAUAAAGGGCCUAGAUUUGCUACAAAGAAACGCAGGGCGCCUAUUAAUGAAUCCGACAGUGAUUCAGAUUGA